UGGAUCUCAGGUUUUGAACGCAGCAUUUUGGGAGGUUCCUAACCACAUGACGUAUAAAUCAAAUUGCCUCCAUGAAUAGUUUUUGUUGUAUAUAAGCUCUAAUUAUAAACUGCCAUGGUCUUACGUGGCCUUGCCAUGCAACGAAAUGAAUGGAUGUGUCGGUUAAGGUCGUGUUUUUCGAGCAGAGUACUAGCGAAGUGAAAGAGAAAAAAAAAAAACGUAACCGAACGCAGCCUCGGUCACAUGCCAGUCAAGCUGGGUCAGCUGACGCUGUGCUGCUUCUCCUUUUGAUGCUGUUCUUCCUCCAUCGCCAGAUAGCGCUUCAUUAAACCGGAUAAUAACGUAACAUAGGCUUUCCUCGUAUCAGAUCAACUAUUUUAAUCAAGUAUAUCUUGCUGUUCCGGUAGGCUAGAUCACCGAAUAGAUGCUGCUCGAGUGUAUGAUGAACGGACACGCCAUUCUUUACACGGGGGUCACUUUGGCCUUCUGGAGUACCAUAUUAAUCGUCGGUAUCUGCUAUACCAUAUUUGACCUUGGAUUUCGUUUUGAUGUGGCAUGGUUCCUGACAGAGACCUCGCCUUUCAUGUGGGCCAAUCUUGGGAUUGGAUUGGCCAUAUCGCUGUCUGUAGUUGGAGCUGCAUGGGGCAUCUACAUUACUGGCUCAAGCAUCAUUGGAGGUGGUGUCAAGGCUCCACGAAUCAAAACCAAAAAUUUGGUCAGCAUCAUCUUCUGUGAAGCUGUUGCCAUUUACGGAAUUAUCAUGGCAAUCGUCAUAAGCAACAUGGCUGAGAAUUUUAGUGGAACCACUCCUGAGACCAUUGGAGCUAGGAAUUACCAAGCUGGUUACUCAAUGUUUGGGGCUGGUCUGACGGUUGGCUUCUCCAACCUGUUCUGUGGCAUCUGUGUCGGCAUCGUGGGCAGUGGAGCAGCUUUGGCAGACGCCCAGAACCCCAGCCUCUUUGUAAAGAUUCUCAUCGUGGAGAUCUUUGGCAGUGCCAUCGGUUUGUUUGGCGUCAUUGUAGCGAUUCUGCAGACAUCAAAAGUAAAGAUGGGUGACUAAAGGAUGCACUCAGAAGCUACGAAGAGAAACUAACUGCUGGAAAAAUUAGAUGGAUUAUUGUGUAAAUACAUCGUAAAUUAUUUAAAUGUCUCUGUAAGGUUGCUUGGUAUUAUUUUUAGCUAUCGUUCAUAAAGGGGGGGGGGCUGGUGCAUGCUCUGUUGUCAUGUCUUAAGGGAAACAAGAAUGUUGAAUACAAUUUUGAAGAAAAGCUAAAAAUGAGCUUGUCUUGUUUAAGAGAAAGUAGAAACCUGAACCUGUUCAGAUUAAGGAGUUGCUUACAACUUUCUUCCCCCUUGAUGAAUGCUAGUUAAAAUGUACUGUGGAGUAUUUGAAACUGGUGUGUGUGAGUGUGUGUGUGUGACAUGUAUGUGACCUUUUUUUUUUCUUCCCGUGAAGCAUGAAUAUGUUUGUUCUAUGCUUAGCCUGGUGUGUCUUUUUUUGUUUUGUAAGUUUACAAUAAGAGUAUUGAUCUAAAUGAUUAGAGUCACAUGACAGUGGAGCGUACUUUUUGAGAGGUCCAAAAGAGUUUGAGUUUUCAUAUCAGCUGAACUUGAUCCUGGUCUUUCCCUAAGUGUAAUGUCACAUACUCACAAACUUCCUGAACACCUUGGCUGAGUUAAUUUUUAUCCAAGACGUGAUUGUCUCCUGUGACUAUUACAUCAAGGCAUCAGGCACAAGGUAGGAUUGUGCAGUAUUACUCUGGAGUGAUUCAAAUAAGUCUUAAGAGACAUUUUCUUUUUCUCCAACACAGUGGUUUUCCAAAAGAAUUGAAGUUUUUGGCAUGAAAUUCUCUUUUAAUGAACUAAAUACUAACAUUUCUCUCUGUCAACCCUACAGUUUAAUAGACUGUUAAAGAGAGCUGCUCUUUAUCACAGAUAUCCCAUAGUAACUGUUACUGCUGACUUUAUCAUCGUCAUCAUUCAAUGGGUCCUUUGGGGCUGAAGUUCUGAGGCUGAAUUGACCCAGUGACCUGAAUUGUUGAGCAGGCUCAGCUGAUCUGCGGCUCCACACUCCAUUACAUAAUUCUCUUCAUGCACACAGAAUAUUGAUUCCCCCAAAAUCUCCAUACAGUUUUUCUCUGAAUCCUUCCCGUCUCGAAUGUAAAUGUUGGCCAUUGUUUUUUUUUUUAUAGAUGUGAACUGUUCAGUUUACCAAAUCAUUUCUGACGUUCUUUUUGGAUGUGUGUGUGUGUAGAUAUGAUCAUCUAGACAUGUGCAGAGCCACAGCAAAGGCAUAGUUAAUGCUCAAUUUAUGACCAUUCUUUUGUCAUCUUCUGAUUUUAAACAAGUAAUCUGUGUUAUCUGAACUUUUCACUUCAAUUCUCUAGAAGAAAAAAGGGUCUCGCCCACGACUGACCGCUGAUACUCUGCAGCUCGUAGUCGAUUUGAUGGCGGCCGGUAUUAAAACGCGUCGUAACUCUUGAUCUUAAUGCAUCAUUCCACAGAAGUGACAGACCAUGUCUAGAUGUUGUCUCUCUGAAAGCUUUCGUUGUUGUUUAUCCUUCACAACUUUACUGAGGUGCAUUGAUGUUUGGUGUAAAUAGUUGGAGUUUUAAAAGGUGUAAGAGCGACAGACCUCUCCCGUUCGGAUAAAGAGUGAACUCCACGAUGCCUUUGAUAACCCAGGCCCCGUCCCAAACUCUGGACCUCCAGUGAGUGCAGAUGAUGCAGUGUGUACAAUAUGUGUUGCUGUGAUGGUGAUCUGAAAGUAAAACCAAGUUUGUUUUUGACAUUGUGUAUUGUGUAAAAUCAAAUUUCCCUCUGGCUUCAUGAACGUCCAUGAGAAAAUAAAAAGGUCCAAUCAUU